AUGUAUUGGAUGUACAUUAUUCUACUUUUCAUUACUGCUUUAUUCAAUAUAAAUAAACAGAUAGAAGCUGGUACAAUCAGUCUCCGCAUUCCACUGCUAGCCAACGCCGAACUCUGUUUAAGAUACUCUGGGAAAGCAAAUUCCACCGGAAGCCCAACUAUACCUACGAAGUCUGGAGAAAAUAACUCCAUUGAAGUGAAACCACCAGCAGGGGGACCCUCGAAUGAGAAGGAUGGUGAUAGGAGUCCAAGUAGCAUGGAUCCUUCUACGAAUCCACCUGGAUUCAGUAGGCAGAUCACGCCUGACGGAGAAUAUCCUACAUUCUCAUGUUAA